ACCCCUGUCUGAGUCUUCAUCAAAUCAAAAUACAUUUGUUAUUCCAAAGAACAUAUCUGAGCUUUGCUAUCCCAAAGAUCUUAGCUAAGAAAACAUGGUGGCUGUGAAUGACAUCCGCAAGGUUCAACAAAGGGCAGAAGGCCCAGCAACUGUGUUGGCAAUUGGCACAGCAAAUCCACCAAAUUGUGUUGAUCAGAGUACAUAUGCAGAUUAUUAUUUCAGAGUAACCAAUAGCGAACACAUGACCGAUCUAAAGAAAAAAUUCCAACGUAUUUGUGAGAGGACAAUGAUCAAUAUGGAUAGUCUUGUAGGGCAAGCAUUGUUUGCAGAUGGAGCUGCUGCAAUUAUCAUUGGUUCUGAUCCUGUGCCAAAGGUUGAGAAGCCUAUCUUUGAGCUUGUUUCGACUGAUCAAAAACUUGUCCCUGGCAGCCAUGGAGCCAUCGGUGGUCUCCUUCGUGAAGUUGGGCUUACAUUCUAUCUUAACAAGAGUGUCCCUGAUAUUAUUUCGCAGAACAUCAACGAAGCACUCAGUAAAGCUUUUGAUCCGUUGGGUAUAUCUGAUUAUAACUCAAUAUUUUGGAUUGCACACCCUGGUGGACGUGCAAUUCUGGACCAGGUUGAACAAAAAGUGAAUUUGAAGCCAGAGAAGAUGAAAGCCACUAGAGAUGUGCUUAGCAAUUACGGUAACAUGUCAAGUGCAUGUGUGUUCUUCAUUAUGGAUUUGAUGAGGAAGAAGUCCCUUGAAAGAGGGCUUAAAACCACCGGAGAAGGACUUGAUUGGGGUGUGCUUUUUGGGUUUGGCCCUGGUCUUACUAUUGAAACCGUUGUUCUUCGCAGUGUGGCCAUAUGAUGCGUCUAGUUAUAUGUCUCUGCAUAUAUAUGACUGUUAUUUUUUAAUAAUUUUCUUUUACUCCAAAUAUGGUCUUGAUUGGCCCAUAUAGAAUAUUAGAUGAGUGAAAACUUAGACAAAAAUAUCUAAAGUUAAUUCUUUAUGCGAAGAUUCAAUAUCAAAAUUUGUAACUUUUGGUAAAAAAUAUAUCAUUGUUUUCAAUUGAGGA